ACCCCUUCUUGCUCUCUUUGUCUUCAUCUAUCCAAAAUGGCUCCUUCUGUGCCCCAUUCUUCAUCAGUACCUCUUCUCACAAGUGAAGCAAAUGAAAAAUAUGCGAACGUGAACUGGGAAGAGCUUGGAUUCUCUCUGAUUCCAACAGAUUAUAUGUAUAUGUCGAAAUGCAAACAAGGAGAGAGCUUUUCAGAAGGAGAGAUUGUUCCUUAUGGGGACAUUCCAAUUAGCCCUUGUGCUGGGAUUCUCAACUAUGGCCAGGGACUAUUUGAAGGGCUCAAGGCUUACAGGACUGAAGACGGACGGAUCACACUCUUCCGGCCUGACCAAAACGCUUUUCGUAUGCAAACUGGUGCAGACAGGCUUUGUAUGACAUCUCCUUCUUCCGACCAGUUCGUCCAAGCAGUUAAGAAAACUGUGCUUGCCAACAAGAAAUGGGUUCCUCCUCCUGGUAAAGGAUCUUUGUAUAUUAGGCCUCUACUCAUAGGUACUGGUGCUGUCCUUGGAAUAGCUUCAGCACCUGAAUAUACAUUCCUCAUGUACGUAUCUCCUGUUGGAAAUUACCAUACGGCAAGCUCAGGCUUGAACCUUAUAGUUGAUCAUACGUAUCGCCGUGCCCAUACUGGUGGAACUGGCGGUGUGAAGAGCUGCACAAAUUAUUCUCCAGUUGUGAAACCUUUGUUCGAAGCAAAAUCAUCAGGUUUCUCUGAUAUCUUGUUCCUGGACGCAGCAACUGGCAGAAACAUUGAAGAGGUUUCUACAUGUAAUAUCUUCAUCACCAAGGGAAAUAUUGUCUCUACUCCACCAACUUCAGGAACCAUUUUACCAGGAAUCACAAGGAAAAGCAUAAGCGAACUAGCACGUGAUAUCGGCUACCAGGUUCAAGAACGUGAUGUUUCAGUGGAGGAGCUAUUAGAGGCAGAAGAAGUUUUCUGCACAGGGACUGCAAUGGUCGUCAAAGCUGUUGAAACCGUGACCUUCCAUGACAAGAAGAUAAAAUACAGGACAGGAGAAGAAGCAUUAUCUACCAAGCUUCACUUGAUGUUAACCAAUAUUCAGAUGGGCAUUGUUGAAGAUAAGAAGAGUUGGAUGGUGGAGAUCAAUGGUUGUGAUGAAUAGAUUAUCUUGCUAAUAAAAAAAAGGUGAAGAC